GGCGCGCUGCAGAGCCGUGCGGGGAGGACCCCAGGCUCAUGCCAGCGGUGGUGGCGGGACCGAUGCGUCGUGGCCCAGCCCUGCCUGCCAUGCAGGGAGGUGAGGGGCUGUGCCAGUCGAAUUACCCGGCUUUGGGACCUGGCUAGCAUCUGUCUGAGCUGCAGGGACCUCUCAGCAUGGGGCACUGCACAAUGUGGGUAUGUUCUUUGUGUCUUCCAGGGGCAAGGAGCUGUCACAGCAGGCAAGCAGCGUGACAGUCCAAGUCUUUAACAUGCAUAUUUUUAAGCAAACUCCAUGCUAAAGCUAUGGUUUUUAAUGGGCAGGUUAUGGCCAGCUGGAGAGCCCAGCCAAGGCAACACAGAACCAGAGCACACUGCUGCAAAUCACUGGUUGAGAGAGCCUGGGACCUGACAGAGAAGAGAGGGAGGCAAACAGGACGAGGAGGAAAAGGGACAGGAGGCCAGGCAGGGGAGAGAAGCAACCUGGCCGGGGUGCGGCACAUCCUGCUGGUGCUCUCCGGGAAGGGUGGCGUGGGGAAGAGCACCAUCUCCACCGAGCUGGCUCUGUCACUGCGGCACUCUGGGAAGAAGGUGGGGAUCCUGGAUGUGGACCUGUGUGGCCCCAGCAUACCCCGCAUGUUCAGGGUGCAGGACAAUGACGUGCAUCAGUGCGACAGCGGCUGGGUCCCUGUCUUUGUGGACCAAGACAAGAGCAUCUCCCUCAUGUCCAUCGGUUUCCUGCUGGAGAAGCCAGAUGAUGCUGUGGUGUGGAGAGGACCCAAGAAAAACGCUUUGAUCAAACAAUUUGUUGCUGACGUGGCCUGGGGGGACCUGGACUUUCUCAUCGUGGACACGCCGCCGGGCACAUCCGAUGAGCACAUCUCCACGGUGGAGGCCUUGCGGCCCUACAAGCCGCUUGGAGCGAUCCUGGUCACAACACCCCAGGCUGUAUCUGUAGGAGAUGUAAGGCGAGAGCUGACGUUCUGUAAGAAGACGGGCUUGCGAGUUCUCGGCAUCGUGGAGAACAUGAGCAGCUUCGUCUGCCCGCACUGCUCAGAGUGCACAAACAUCUUUUCCAAAGGGGGAGGUGAGGAGCUGGCCAGGCACGCUGGCGUCCCCUUCCUAGGCUGUGUUCCCCUGGACCCCCAGCUCAGCCAGAGCUUGGAGGAAGGCAGAGACUUCAUCCAAGAGUUUCCCAAGAGCUCUGCCUUCGCUGCCCUGGCUCACAUCACCCAGCAGAUCUUGGAUGGUACGUCACAGCCGAGCUCCUGAGGAGGGUAUGGAGCUGGACUCUUGCUGGCAGAGCCCCUGGCCUGACAGCACCACCAGCAGCCUGCGCCGGUGGGGAAAGGGGAUGCAGGAACUGUUUCGCUAUAAAACUGAGUGGAGAGUGAUGGAGGGAGAGGGGAGCACAGCAUCAGUGCCACUCACAGCAAUCCAAAAAGGGAAAAGCACUGCUCCAUCCCCCUGGAUUUGAAGAGACCCUGUGUGGGCGCUACUGCCUGGCACAGCGGCAGCCUGCUGCUUGCCUUCUCAGCGUGGCGAUGCUCUGCCCGGAUGGUACAGUCGUUCCUAGCCCUGCGCACGCAACACCUUCCUCCACAGCCAGCCACUGUGCGGGUGCUUGGGGAGCUCUACCUUAUGCCCACGGCGUCUCAUACGCUGCGGCGCUUCUGGCGAUCACCCUGUGUGCAGCUACAGUGGCAAACGCCAUCAACUGUUCUUCCCUGAACCCAAGUGGCACCGAUCAUCCGGAUCGUGGCUCCAUGUGCUGCUGCCUUCUCCUACCGCUUUCCUUGCGUGACAGAUUAUAUAGUGCUCGGUUCAGUGGCUGGUGAGUUUGUGCCGGAUGCUCCAACGUGGACCCAAGCCAGGCCACCUUGCUCUGAAGUCUCAGAUCACUGGUUCCUGAUGGGCCAGUGAGGGUACGGGCAUGCGCUUCACAUGAGAAAAUGUCUUGGUCUGCAUCCUGCCGUGCUGGAACCGGGGCCUUUUUGGUCUGCUGGGGGUUAUUGUGACUCAGGAAUAUUUUUAAAAGUCCCAGGCAGUAAACACUUUUC